CUCUAUGUAAGCUCCUGCUGCUGUAAAUGAAGGGACCUGCCUCCUAUGGGACCUUGAUGUAAUUCUGUCCGCUGGCCUGGCUGGGACCACAGCGAGGAGCAGUGGCUGUGUUGAUUUCAGUUUUAAAUGGGAACUGAAAAAAAGAAGCCGUUGCUGGGCUGAGAUUACGCUCAAAACUUUCAUAAAAUAUGUGCAGCGAAAGUGCAAAGUAACUUCCCAUCUUGCCGCCAAGCUCAUGGCUCAGUAAAGCAGCUGUAUUUGCUCAUCGAUGACCUUUGCCCUCGUGAUUUCUGUGGAAAACCUGGAGGAGGUGCACCCCGUGGCUCCUCUUUAUGUCAUACUGUACGCAGGCAGCGUGACCUCGUCUUGGGGUUUGCCUGACUCACAGCGGCUGAGGUGUCUAUGGCGCUGACCUCCCACACCUAUUGCGACGUCUGCCUGCCUCUUUUAGAAGCCGUGAGGAAGCGCAUGCCUGUCUCCAUCAUAAGAUGCACACGUGGGCUGGUCACCAGCAUGGCCCACAUAGCCCUGUCCUCACUGUUAGACGCGGCCUGUGCUCACGCAGCUUUGAUUCAUCAGCGUUUGAUCACAUGUCUUGCUGGAGGUCAGAGUGAAUCGGAGUUGUGAUAUUUGUCAGCUGUAUAUUCAGCGUCUAAAGAGGACACACUGACGGUGCCUUAACAAAAGUUGCGGCAUUUCUUAGAGCUUCUGACCAGCUGCUUGCAUGCAGGGUAUGACGACUCAUUUUAAACCCAGCAAAGCUUUAAAGGUAAAGAAGGAGGCGGGUGAGAAUGCGCCGGCGCUCAGUGACGAUGAGCUGGUGGCCAUGUCGGUGCGGGAGCUGAACCAGCACCUGCGCGGCCUUACCAAGGAGGACGUGGUGCGACUGAAGCAGCGGCGGCGCACGCUGAAGAACCGCGGCUAUGCCGCCAGCUGCCGCAUUAAACGUGUCACGCAGAAGGAGGAGCUGGAACGGCAGAAGACGGAGUUGCAGCAGGAGGUGGACAAGCUGGCCCGGGAGAACGCCAGUAUGCGGCUGGAGCUGGAUGCCCUGCGUGCCAAAUACGAGGCGCUGCAGUGCUUCGCCCGGACUGUGGCCCGUGGGCCGCUCUCGCCGGGAAAGGUGGCUGCCACCACCAGCGUCAUCACCAUCGUCAAGUCGAACAACCACAGCCCCAGCUCCCCGCCAUUCUCCACGCCGUCAUAGGAGGACGGGAGGAAUGCAGGACGGUCCAUCUGGUCCAGCUCAGUUUUCCAAACCCCUGGCCUGGCCUGCAUCCACCCAACCCGUGGCUGAGAAGGACGCUCAGUGACUAGACUUGAGGGGGUGGGGUGGGGGAAGGGAGGCUGACUCUGUGUGACAGCAGACUGCGUUGACUUCUCUUUCUCUCUCUUUGUUUCUCUGUCUCUGUCUCUCCCUCUCUCUCUCUCACACACUCACACACACACACACACACACACACACACACACACACACACACACACACACACACAAACCUUUCUACGUUGUCUGUGCACUGUGCUCUAAAAACCUCCGGCACCGGCAGGGCACACUGGCCUCUUUCCCUCUUUCUACUCUGAGACUUAGCAGAAACAAGACUUGCUGAAAGUGGGACUAAGUACUUGAUUUAACCUGCCAUGGCAGUCUGUGAUAGCUCUGAUGCCUGUGGUAUCUUGCAUUUUACAUCAGAGAUUAAAGAUAUGUUAGCAUUGUAGAACGUUCACUAUACUAUAUUCUUGUUGAUAUUAUGCUUGUUUGUCUAAGUAGUUUAAACUAUGGCAAAAAACCUUUUGUUGCCUCCAUUGGCAACAGAUUAAUGAGUAGAUUCUAUCAGCUUUUCAUCUGAACCUUGAUAUUGCCAUCCAUAUGUGAAGACAAAAUAUGGUUUCAGCACUGAAAUUAGGACCCAUAAUCUGCUUCAUACUUAAGGGAUAUCAGAAACCGUUGAAAAACUGGUGAAGAGUAGAAACUAAGGCAGGGAAGUUCUAGCCAUCGAAAGCUAUGUGGUUAGCUGUAGAAUAAUCCUGUACUUAAUUCACAAUUUAGACAAGGGCGAUGCAAAUGGAGUGAACUACAGGGAAAAACAGGUUAGUGGCUCUUAGCAAUUUCAACACAUGAAAUGUAUGAAUAGCACUUAUUUUAUUAUUAAAUUACAGUUUGAUACUACAAAAGCACUUGCAAAGUGGAGUUAUGUAUAGAUAUAAGAGUGAAAGUCUAGACACUUCUUGAAUACAGUGACUACUUGUAUAAGUCAAUCAUAAGAUUAACCCUUCGUUGAAUGUUAUCCUCCGUUAGCAUUAGCUAAAGGGUACAUUUAGUUGGUCAGGUAUCUUGGAAAAGAUAUGCACACUCUUUCCCAGUUUUGUUUUCCUCACCCGCGCCAUAAUGAAUGGUAGGUAAUCCAUAUUGGAUAUAGAGAUUAUGGGAGCUGCCUUGGCAAAGUAAUGCAAGUCCAUUAUUACCUGUAUAUUACAGAACUUAAGCUAUGGCCUCAUGAAUGAAAAUAUCAUCCAACUUCGAUUUCACACAGAGAAUUCCGUCCAUGUAGAAAGCAUUCCUACUGCUAGGUCACGAGAGGUGGCACUGCCGGUGUUGGUAAUCCCUGAUUAAACGUUUAUAAAAUCGCAAAUACUUUGAAAUUUCGACACAGACUCUUGGGUAAAGACCAUCCUGACGUUUUGACUUGAAUUGAGGUUUCAUGUUUAUUCACUUUUCAGAAAAUUAGUUCAAGAGGAUAUAUUCUGACUCUCAGUGUCUUAGUGAAAUGACUAGUUAGUAGUAAGUGAGAGAGGUGUUGUCUGGAUCGUCUCUUACCCAAGUGACUAUGACUGUUCCUUCUUCUCCAUUUCCCUGUAGUGGAGAGCACCGGGGGAAGACUGUGCUGCUGUGUAGCUCACUGCUGGCCUCGGCUCAGUGAGCUACUGCUGUGCUUUUAGCAUACUUACAUAUUUUGUAUCUUCUCUGACGUUUUAUAUGUCCUUUUUAUGUUCAAAUGCUCGUUUGUUGUUUUCUAAUGUUCCUGUGUGAUUAUCUCUGUAUUUUACAUGGUUUAGGGCAUGACACGCAUAUCUUGGGAGUAGUGUGAUGUUGUGACAGUCUAAGUUCAGUUUUACUUGCUUGAUUUCUUUCAGUUGUAUAAUCUUCUCUGAGACUUCGGACACAACAGCCAUUCUCGCUUUAAAAACGCUGCUUGCAAAUAAGCACGUCUAAUUAGUUGGUCAGCUCCUAAAUCUAGCAGUGUUCAUGGUGAUCCAGCGCUUUUGGCUCACACAGACGCUUGUGCUAUUUUUGUCACAAUAUGAAUUGUAAAAGAAAAUGCAUAAUUCCAGUAUUCACAGGGUUGUAAGACAUUGUUGUGGUUGGUUAUAAACCGACAGACUGUGUGUCUACGGAGCGCGUGGCCACAUUGACUAACAACAUGCAGUUUUUUUUUAAAAAUAUAAAUGUCACAGUUGCUGUGUUUGGCGUAGAUUGUAACCACAGAUGUGUUUUCCCCAGUUUUACUCUACUCAUAGACCACAAAGGCAUUCUGAAAAAGCCCAAAAAUUCCCAGCCUCGUGCCCACUUUUUUCAGUUCCUGUUAUGUGGAAGCCAUUUAUUAUUUCCCCAUAAACUCUUACUCUCAGUUCCUCAUCAGAUUUCUGUUCAAUUUGGUCAUUUUCUAGUUGAUUCAGAUGUUUAAAGAAAACUGACAAAACGGCUCUUUUCGUGCUUUUUACUGACAUCUGGUGGUGAUCUUUCAAAAUGCUGUGAAUAAUGCUGGUGAAUCCAAGCCACUGCCUCUCCCUGCUUUGACGGCAGAGGCAUUGUUUUUUCUUUAAUGGAUCUCGGCUACCACCAAAAGUGAUCUGCUACUUCAGUUUUUUUUCUUCCAGAGUACUAAACAAGUCCAUUCUAGCAGGCAGAUCAUAAACGUCCCCAUUUGUUCUAAUUGGGCCUUGUCGCACUCAAACCAGGGCACAUGCAGCUCUAAAAUGGUGCCAGGGCUCUGUUGGCCAGUUUGGAUGCCACUUCUUGCUGCACACAGUCAAAUCGCUAUGGGUGCAAUCUGAUGCUGAAGAAAGGACCUGGGAACUCUGACGUCUCUUCACAAAAAAAGCGGCCUUGUUGUCUUCUGGACAAAGGUGUACUUUUCCGUACCAGGAUUCAUCUGUAGUUCCUUCUCAUUUCCCUCCUAACAUAGUCCAUGGUGAGCAUAGCAUCUUAGCUAAGUGGGUACUUCUUGGUCGUUAUAUUCUGUGUAUGCUGUAUGUGGCCUUUUAGGCUGAACAGGUUAAAUUAUUCUAUAUUUUACACAUGACUAUAUCUAUUUUUGAAAAGUAUAUUAUAUAUGCGCUCAGACAGUCCUUAAAGCUAUUUACCAUGAACGCACAUAGGAAUUUUAACCAAUGCUCUUGAGCAUACUUGCCUAUAAACAGAGAGGAAAUUCUUGAUAAGGUAUGCUGCUCCAAAUUAUUAUGUCGUAAUUGUCAAUGUCAAGGUUGAAUGAACAGGUAAUGGAGGAAGAAGUCAUAUUAACUGUAGUUGAAAGUAGUGUGUAUAAGGAGCUUGAGCUUGGCAUCAUUUAUGUACUGUAAAGGCUGAGGUAGUGAUUUGUUUUAAUGGGCAACCGCAGACAAAAGUUUAGUUCUAGUAGGUUUGAGGCGUAAAUCUAAACUGCUCUACAUUCAAAGGUGAUUGUAAAUACAGACAAGAAAGGCAGCAAACCUAGGCUUAGAUUAGUCCUACUAUCAUGAUUUACAUCAUUAAUCUGUUUGUAUGUAUUACAUUUGAACUUUGAUAUUUAUUUUGAUUUUCUUUUUUUUUUAUUUUCAACCUCUAAAUUAUUUUAUUUACUUUUUUUUUUUUCCUCCAAUGAACUACCCUCAUGUACAAAUAAAAUGAGUCUCUAUUUUCCACUCUGGCUGAAAAUAAGGAGGUAAAUUAUUCCUGUACAUAGUAUGCCGUGUCCAUUUUGUACUUUUAAAUAAAGCUUCCUCAUUUAA